AUGUCCAUUUCCACUUGUUUUAAACUGGACAUCGAGCCUCGCCUGAAACCGUCGCUGACAGAAGGAGGAGCAGCAGGAGGUGCCAACGACAGCCAGGAUGUCUCCUUCAGCCAGACCUCUAAAGGUAUGCAGCCACUGCAGGAUUCAGUGUCUGAGCUGGAGAUGAUGACUCGAGCAGUGUGGCCUCAAGAGGAGUAUAUCGUAGAGUAUUCUCUGGAGUACGGCUUCCUGCGCCUUUCUCAGAGCACCAGACAGAGGUUGAACAUCCCCGUCAUGGUUGUCACUCUGGAUCCCAUAAAGGACGAGUGUUUUGGAGAUGGCUUCAGUCGCUUCCUGCUCGAUGAGUUUCUGGGCUACGAUGACAUUCUGAUGUCCAGUGUCAAAGCACUCGCUGAGAAUGAGGAAAACAAAGGUGCAGAGACCCCACACCCCGUUUACAGUGUCAUUUAGGCAGAUGGAACCACA